AUGGAUGGUGGCAAGAGCGUAACUGCGCUCGUAUCCGGCCUUAGGAGUCCAGACGGUAUUGAAAUAUCGCAGUCCGCCGGUCGCAUGUUUUGGACUAAUAUGGGAUUUGGUACAUCUAUUCAAGAUGGGUCGGUGAUGUCUGCAGAUUUCGAUGGGAGCGAUAUAAAAACCAUCAUUCCCGAGGGUGCCGUCUACACGCCCAAGCAACUAACCAUCGACGAUCAGAAUCACAAGCUCUACUUUUGCGAUCGCGAGGGUAUGAGUGUUCACCGCUGUGAUUUCGACGGCCAGAAUCACGAAAUCCUGAUUCUACGCGGAGAUUACAAAACUACUGACAUAGAAGACCCAACACGGUGGUGCGUGGGUAUAGCCGUGGAUAUCAACAACGGGAAGUUCUACUGGACACAGAAAGGUCCCAACAGAGGGGGCAAAGGACGCAUUUUCCGUACGAAUAUCGACAUGCCUUUUAGUGCGAAUGCGCUCAAUCGAUCAGAUAUUGAGACCUUGUUCGUGGGUCUUUCCGAACCCGUUGACCUGGGCUUUGAGUCGGAGACGCAGACGCUUUACUGGACCGAUCGUGGCGCGCAUCCGUCUGGUAAUACAUUGAAUAAGGCAUACGUUGGUGAGAAGAGCCCUCGGGUGCAGAUUCUGGCACGCCAGUUCCAUGAGCCUAUUGGAUUGAAGGUGGAUUCCAUCAACCAGCAAGUCUAUGUCACUGACUUGGGGGGUAGUCUGUAUCGAGUGGGUAUGGAUGGGGGUGGAAAGGAGGUUAUAUAUCGUGGGGAUGGCUUUUACACUGGCAUCACCGUUGUAUAA